UUAUUGGUACUUACAUGCAUUCCUGUCGCCAUCUACCACGAACAUGAGAAUUCAAUGAUGGUUUUACUGCAUUAUCAAAAGUAUACAACUGUCAACGUGUGUAAAUUGAGCUGAUUUGAAGUUUUAAUCAGUUUGGAUAGAAUAACAAUGAUGACACGCAUAAUGUGCGAAAGCGAGAUGAUGUGCUAUGACCAGAUAUUAAGAAGAGAUUAAUAUAUAAGAAUUAGAAUAUAAAAUAAAUAGAAUACAUGUGUAAGUUCGUACAGAAUUGCUGAUCAAGGAUGAUAGACCCACCAGGAUGGAAUUCCAAGAAGGACGAGAGUAUCUACAAAGCCGCAGGGGCGAUGCACCUGCGGAAAUAUGGGGAGUUCUUCGAGAACUUGGUAGAAAAAUCUUGGGGAUGCGACUCUACAUUGGAGUACGUCGUGGAGGGUCCCGUGAGGCUAGUAUACAAGUCAACGGAGGACAUCAGCAUCAUCUCCUUGGUGGAGAUGGAGAACAAAGUUCUGUCCAAGUUGCUGGCGGCAGUGGCUGGUACGUGCAGGGAAAUCAGAUUGCUGAAGGUAGAGGCUGCUGGAUUUUACGCAAAGCUCUUUGCACAUGGGGAGAGAUGUAUGGAUAACGACCUCACUGGUGUGACUAAGCUACUGUCUGAUCUCCAGGAUCUGUCCAUUUUUGCCAACAGAAUGUCAACUGUCGUGUACUUGACUACGCAGCAGUUGGCGAGUCUAUCGGGCAGUGUCCAUGAUAUCUAUCUGCCAGCCUUGAUAGAGGGUUUCGUGGACUUGUUUGUCAUUCUUGUGACUCUCGACGAGAUUGUCGACGCGCAACCUACGAUAGUGGACCAAUGGAAGAAAUAUAGAAUGCAUGUACGUUCCAUGAUGCACGAUCCUGUGCAGUUUGGAGUCACUGAGAUGAAGCUGGAAACGUUUGAUCAUCUCUUAAAGGAGCUACAGGAGAAGCUACUGCGGCAGAACAUGUUCCUGAAGGCGAUCGAGCAUGUGAUGGAGGUGAACAAAGGUCCACUCAUGAAUGAGCAAAUCGUCAGCUACCUGAAGAACACGAUAACGGACGUGGAGAGCAAGUCUAACGAUCACGCCGCGUUAAAUAAGAACUGGAUAAGAGUCAACGUCGGUAUCGUCAUUGCGAUCAAGCUAUUCGGCUCUUGCGACAAGAAGCUCGUCAAAAGAGUGUUAGAGGCGAACAGGAAGUUCUACGCGGUCACGUUGAUAGGGAACGUCGUGUGGGUGCCUAGCAAGUUUCUCAGCGACGUCGUACCGAAGGAGACCGGCAACGCGGUGAGCCCGCAGGUGGGCGAGAAAAUCCUGCAAACGAGAACCCAGAGAUUACCGGUCACGGUAAAUAAUCUGAUACAUAGGGCAACUACUUGGUGCGUGGAAAUGCAAAGCAUCCUGACGAGGAUCAAUCUCCAAGUAUCGGACAUAGGCCAAAAGCGCACUUUACUCAGCGACUUGUUGACUCUGUUGUCUCAGAUGAAGGAGACUGUCUCGUUCCUGACGAAUCUUCACGCCUCCCUCUCGAAGCCGAUGAGUCGGAACACGGUACAGCUGAUCUGCAGGCUUGUCGAGCUGCAGAAGUCCUUGCAGAUGACGUUCCACGCACUUGGACCGGUCGUGGUGCAGUCGCAGGGGCAGGUAUUGCAAUACAUAGCUUAUUAUGUGCUGGCUUUGCUGGAGACGGCGCGCAAGGGUCUCGUACAGAAAGACAAGGGCUACAGCAGAGAACGACUCGACGCUCUGUCUUUGAUAGGCCUGAGUAUGCGGCUGAUGGGUGGACCUGCGAGCGCAGAUCGCAGGCUGAUAAUACGCUGUGCGCUCGCCUGUGCCAACCAGCUGACCGACACGUUCCGCGAAGAGGACGUGGUGAAGCUAAGGUACCUGCUGGACAGCUACGACUCCGUGGCCGAGCUGUACGAGUUCGUCGACGACCUCUGCGACUACUCGUUAUUACUGCAUCAUCAGAACAUGUUGCCGGCGUACUUCACCUCGAUCGUCGACGGCAACUCCAGCGUUUACCACCUCGCUCACCUGUUUGCCGCCUUCAACAGCGCUGUGGAGUCAAACGAGUUGAGGGAUAAACGAAUCGUGGAGCUCAGAGAGGGUUUGGUGAAGAAUGUGCUGAAGCCAGCCUGCCAUGAGAUCGAAACCAGUCUUCGGCUGCAUGUACACGCGCAUCUCAAGCUCGAUUCCACGAAUCCCUUCAACGUCGGCGUCAAGGACAGUGGCAGAGUAGUGCGAGCACCUCCAUUGCCCUUGGCCGAGAAUAUGGUCUGCACGAAGAGGUUUGUCGAGCACUACUUAGACGAUAUGUUUUACAAUCUAACGACGGUGGCUUUGCACGAUUGGAGGACCUAUCGGACAAUGCAUGCAUUGGCCAGCUAUAAAAUGGGUCUGGAUACUGUCCAGGAUCAUCUGCCGACACAGACUUUGGAACAGGGUCUAGAUGCUCUGGAGAUUAUGCGCAACAUCCACGUGUUUGUUUCCAGGUACCUAUAUAAUCUGAACACACAGACGUUUGUAGAGCACAGUAGCGGUAACAAGCACCUGAAUACCAUCGGCAUUAGACACAUCGCCAACUCGAUCCGCACCCACGGCACCGGCAUCAUGAGCACCACAGUGAAUUUCGUCUACCAGUUCCUGCGCGUCAAGCUGCACACCUUCUCCCAGUUUCUCUUCGACGAGCAUAUCAAGUCGCGAUUGAUGCGCGACAUCAGGUUCGUGCGAGCGCAACGGGAAGCCGGCGCCACGCCGUACACGUACGAACGAGCGGAGAAGUUCCAGAAAGGCAUUCGGAAGCUGGGCAUGACCGCCGACGGGCUGAGCUACUUGGAUCAGUUUCGGCAGCUGAUUACGCAAAUUGGCAACGCGUUGGGCUACGUGCGGCUGAUUCGUUCCGGUGGCCUUCACGCCAGCUCAAACGCGGUGUCCUUUUUGCCGGAUAUCGAGAGAACGGUGCCGUUCGAGUCGUUGUGUCGCGGGCUGAAUUACAGCGCGAUCACGCAGGCCGCAGCCGGACGACUGGAAGCCGACAUCGCCGACCUGGUGCGUAACUUCACCGAGGGCAUCCAAUACUUCAAGCUACUGGUGGACGUAUUCGCCUCGGCGUUCCGCGACGCCAAGUCUUAUCACCUGCAACAAUUCUAUGCGAUCGUGCCGCCGUUGACGCUCAGUUUCGUCGACAAUUCCGUCUCCAAUAAGGAGAAGAUAUUCAAGAAGAAUCAACAUGGCGCGGCCUUUACCGACGAUGGUUUCGCCAUGGGUAUCGCCUAUAUCAACGCACUGCUGGACCAGAGUGCAGAGUUGGACGGAUUGCACUGGUUCAAGACAGUGGAGCAGCAUAUUACUCAGGAGAAGCACGCCGCCGAGAGCAAGGACGAUCACGGCGACGAGAAACUUCAACAAACCAGAGCGCUUACGCUGAAACGCUUAGCCGAGAGGAACGCCGAGUUCCAGCUAUUAUACUAUAGCCUCUCCGGCGCCAGAGUGUUCUUCAAGCAGCCCGACACGUAGCGUAAGAGGAUCGGUUGGCUUUUUUAUUGCGAUGAAAAGUACUUUGUGCUCUCAAUCUCGUUAGUCCAUCGAUUUCUCGAUUGAAGGGAAGUUGGACACAAACCACAAAGUUUAAACAAAUAUACAUAUGAAAGCAUUUUUCUUCUUUGAGGCUCCUGGUUCCGUGGGAUCCUGGAUUGAUGAUGUCAACGAGAAAACGCGCAUUAUCAAUAGUCUUAAAAAUUAACGUAACAAAAUUGUGAAAAAAUAGGUUAAGGAAAAGGUUACAUGUUACGUUAAUUUUUAUAUUAUUAACUGUCGAGAAAAAGGAUAAUUUUCGGAGCGUUUUGCAAGUAUGCUUAAACGAUCUGAAGUGUUCUUUCAUAGAAGUAUCUUUUAAUUUGAAAAUGGCACACAAGAUUUUUUGCCAUAAGUUUCCUCGCUUCUGACAUUAUCAAUCCAGGGUUUCGCAGCAAUGAGACCAGGAGUCUUAAGUUCAAAAGAAAUAAAAGUAUCAGAUUAGAUAUUGGGAAUUGAGGAUUACAGAUUGCAACUUGUUAUAAGGAAUAAAACAUGUCGAGAUCGAAAUUCUAAUCUCUAAUUUGCAAUUCUCCAUUUCCAAUACUUGGUUUAACACGGGCUUAAUAUAUGGAAUUCCAAAUAAAUGCAACUCGAUCCGGCUUCUCUUCCAUUUAUUCUCGUACAUAUGUGUCCGUCGUAGCACAUGUUGUAUCUGUAAAUGACUUAGACUAUGGUCAUUUUUAUAAAUAAUUUUCUACAUCCACAAUAUAUCGUUACAAUAUCA